GAAGUUGCCCGUGGAUGUCAUGUACCAACACUGUGAUGGGUGCACGCAUAGCCAUAAAAGUGCAGACCCCGACACACGAAAGCCCGGACGAGAGAACCGAGGAAAGUUGUCCGGGUCGCACAACUUACCCAGACCUCACGAAGAGAUGAGAUCCCACCGGAGGAACGCGCGCCACCAAAACUGCACGGUUUAUUUCGUUGAUUGAGAAAAAGUUUCAUGAAGAUAUACAAUGUUUAUGAAUGGGAGUUCUCUGAACAGCUCUGCACUGGACCCUAGCGAGCAAGCACUUCAGCGGCCGCCCUGGGUCACUACUACUCUCGGGUGUUUCCUCAUAUUCACUAUAGUGGUGGAUAUUUUGGGAAACCUGCUGGUGAUUUUCUCCGUCUACAGAAACAAGAAACUUCGGAACGCAGGUGA